AUGGCCGAUGAUGAUGCCGACUACGUCGUCGGCGAAAGUCCUGAAAAUCUACUAAGUCCCCUUUCUGACGCUAGGAAUUAUGAUGCCUACUAUAGCAGAGGACUUCAGACAAAGUUCAUUCAACAAGUUGCAAAAACGAGGUCAAUCGCACCUAUACAUAGAAAAGAGACUGCGAUUAUACCGAAGGCCACACCAUCUAGGUCUUCAUACCUGUAA